GAAGACGUUCUCCAGUGCAUUAUUGGGCGACUGCUGCUGAGGCAUGCUACUCACGUGUUCACUGGAGUGCCAUGGAAUGAAAUACAAUUCGCUAGGACGGAAAAGGGCAAACCGUUUCUUACGAAUCCUGCGGACACGAAUUUCGGUUUGAACAUCACGCAUCAGGGCGACUUCGUUGGUUUCGCGAGCAGCUGCACUUCAAGAGUAGGCGUAGACCUUAUGCGGCUAGACAAAGAACGAGCCGGAAAAACAGCUGAUGAAUAUAUCAACUCGAUGGCAAAGUCCGCUUCACCUGAUGAGCUGCGAAUGAUGCGAAGCCAACCGACAGAGGCGAUGAAAAUGACAAUGUUCUAUCGUUACUGGUGUCUCAAAGAGGCCAUCCUAAAGGCAACCGGAGACGGCAUACUCGACGAUCUCAGUAGGAUCAAUUUCCAAGUCGACAUGAAUGACAGAUACAGACCAGGCUGCUUUGUGACUUCAACUACUGUGCUAAUGGAUGGCAAACUCCAACGUCAAUGGAUUUUUGAAGAAUCGUUCGUGAACGGAAAUCACGCUGCUGCUGUUUGUAAAGAGGUU